AUGGGGGAACCUGCAUCCACCUGCAUUACUAACGGGCCUUUUCUGGGAGAGUGGAGGGUAGAAAAUCCAAACGAACUGAAAGUGUUCAGCUCUCAUUUUAUUCGAAUUUCCCAUUUCAUUUUGUUUUCAAAGGGGAAGCUCAUAAGAAAUAUGAUGCCUCAGACGUUAAAAAAGAAAAGAGAAGUCCAUUUAGCCAAGACCAAGCGGAGACAUCGUGAAAGGUCUGCACUUCCUAUGAGGCUGACCAGCUGCAUUUUCAAAAGGCGGGUCACAAGGAUAACUUCGCAUCCUGGCAGUGAGGUCCGGCGCAGGCAAUGGGAUGAGACCCUGGAGAAGCCCCAGCAAGUCUGUGCGUACAGGAGACUGCAGGGACUCCAGGCCUGUAGUAGUGAAGGAGAACCUUUAAGUGCUCUGGAUAUCACAAAUGUCAUACAAAUGAUUGCACCGGGUAGUGCACGUGAAUCCCGGGAUGGUGCCGGUGCUGGGUCUCUACACACCAGCCCCGGGCCCACCGCUGCACGGUCUUCAGGUUGGGCAGAGCUGAUCUCAGCAGCAGAUCUCUCUCUCCCUCAGCUUCUCUGCGGACAACCCGUCACCACUAGAGAUAUCCGGAGACAGACCUGGAAAGUGAAAAAGGCAAGAGAGAGACUGGCUAUGGCCUUGAGGGCAGACAGGCUGGCCAGGGAGGCAGAGGGAGCCAGUCGGCAGUGA